CGUCAUGGUGUCCUCUGACGCUGUAGGUCAACGUGAUUUGUGGGGCAAUUGAGCUGAACACACUUUGUGUUAACCGAGUCUGUUUACUUUAGGUUUCAUGCAUGUUUUAAGUUAAAGUUUUGUCUUUCAAGUCAGAGAAUAGUCAAGAUGUCUACAUUCAGCAGGAGUGCACUGUUUUUCUCUCUUGUUCGCUGUGUCAGGAGACAGCAGCAGUUUCCAUGCCUGGAGACUCAUAUCCAAACUGCGCAGUCAAUAGUAGCAGCACGAGGUCGGUAUGUUCAUUCAUGUUCAGCGAGAUAUUUAGCUGACCGCGAAUUCAAGCAUCCAUGGACAUUAUAUCAAAGAAGCCUGUCCAUUGAGGCACCAUCUAAAGACGAUGAGUACCCACCUCUACCUGAAUACACUCCUAAGCCAGAGAUCCAAGCAAAGGAAGUGUUCAUCGUCCAGGUCAAGGGGCUUCCCUGGUCAUGUACUGCAGAGGACUUAAUAAACUUCUUUUCUGAUUGUAGGAUUCGAGCUGGAGUUCAGGGAAUCCAUAUAAUUCACAACAGGAACGGCAAGCCGACAGGACAGGCGUUCAUUGAGCUGGAGCACGAAGAGGACGUUUGCAAAGCGUUGGAUCUGCACAGGCAUUAUCUGGGACAGCGCUAUGUUGAGGUGUAUGAGAUUACAAACAAAGAUGCUGAAGCCAUAUUGAAGGCUACACAGCCGAUUACAGAGUCAGAUGGAGUGGUGCGACUCCGAGGACUUCCCUACAGCUGUACCGAGAAAGACAUCAUUCAGUUUUUCUCUGGGUUGGACAUUGUCGAAGAUGGAGUUACAAUAGUCCUGAACAGGAAAGGAAGAAACUCAGGCGAUGCUUUUGUGCAGUUUGUCACAAAGGAAAUGGCUGAAAAGGCAUUACAGAGAGACAGAGAAGUCAUUGGAAACAGGUAUGUUGAGAUUUUUCCCAGCAGGAAAAGUGAGAUCCAAGUCCAGUAUGGAAGUAGGCGAAAUGAGACUUUAGCUUCCACACCAGGAGCCGAGUACACGCCCCGCAAAAUAAAAACAGCAAAUGCUAGCCCUAUAUCUGCAACAGUGAACCUUGUUCAAAUGCGAGGUCUGCCAUAUGAAGCCACAGGACAGGACAUUGUAAAGUUUUUCGCUCCUAUCAGACUGGUGAAGGUUCUUGUAGAGUACAGUUCUGACGGACGACCCACCGGUGAGGCGGAAGCCUACUUCCAAACACAUCAGGAUGCUGUGUCAGCCAUGUCCAAAGACAGAGAGUAUUUAAAUGACCGAUAUAUUGAGUUGUUCCUCAAUUCAACAGCAUCAAGAGAGGAACAAUAGGACGAAAGUAAACUGUUUAAAUGCACCCCAAUGUACUUAAGUUAUUUAAUCUAUGAGUAUAUUACAAGAAUACAUAAAACUAACAUUAAAAGAGAACUUUACAGACAUUUACUGUUCUGUUCUUUCUUGUUUUCAGACAUUAAUUUCUGAUUUCAGAUCGAAACAAUGUUAACAGAAUAAUCAUGUGUAGUGGAAGUGUCCGAUGUUUAAAAAAAAAUAAACCUGUUCCAUCGUUGUA